CUUUACUUAAUAUAAUUAAGCUUUAGUGAAAGAAAAAAAAUGAUGGGUCCCAAGGAAUUUAUAUUUCUUGGCCUUUUUGUGGCUAUUUUUGCAAUGAUAAGCUCAGAUGUUGUAGCUAGGGAGUUGGCUGAGACUUCAUUGGAAUCAGAUAACAAGAAUUACGAACAUACUGACGGACGUAGCAGAUAUAACGGAUAUAAACCCCCACAUGACGAAUACAACAAUGGAUAUAAACCUCCAGGUAGUGGAUAUAAACCUCCAGGUGGCGGAUAUAAACCCCCACACGGUGAAUAUAAAUCUCCAGGUGGUGGAUAUAAACCCCCACAUGGUGAAUAUAAGCCUCCAGGUGAUGGACAUAAACCCCCACACGAUGAAUAUAAGCCACCAGGUGGUGAACAUAAACCUCCACACGAUAAAUAUAAGCCUUCAGGUGGUGAAUAUAAGCCUCCAGGUGGCGGAUACAACCCUCCACAUGGCGAAUAUAAAUCGCCUAGUGGCGGAUAUUAUCAUCCAAGUGGCAGAACUCACCCCCCAGGUAGUGGUGGUGGUGGACAUCCCCCACAUGGCGGAUAUAACCCUCCAGGUGGAGACCAUGAUUAAGUGACUAGCCAAUUUCCUCACAACACAUCAUCACUAUCAUAAAACUAUGGUAUACGUACGUAGUGGCAAGAUUAGUACCAGUAAUAGUCUUGCUGCUUUUAGACCAGAUUGUUGUAUCAAUAGUAUGAAUAAAAACACAUGAUAUAUAUUGUUGGUCAUAUAAUAUUUUGUAGUACAAUAUAUUACAUGAUGUAAUGUACGUUUCUUCUUAUUUUACACUUCA